AUGUCGAGCAAAAAAUUUGAAUCUGAAGCAAAGUUUGACACUUUUCCUCUGGAAAUCCGUCAAGAUAUCUUUCUUAGACUACCCAUUAAGUCUUUGAUCAGAUGCACAGCUGUGCGCAACUCAUGGAGAUCAGUCAUAAAUAACCCAAGCUUUAUUCGCACCCACCUCCGCGGGACACGCAAUUCUAAUGAACAAAAUGACACUCAACUCUUAUUGAUCCACGGUUUGGCUAAAACAGCUUUAAACUUUUAUGACAUCUUUAGUGGGGAUGAAAUACAGGAGCUUUACUCUUUGCAUUAUGAUAACCCCGCGUUUGAUGAGCACCACAAGGUUGAAGUUCCAACUGUUGAGUUGGCGAAUCCAGGUUUCCGUGUUGUUGGAACUUGUAAUGGACUGGUUUGCCUUGUAGAUGAUUUAAGGUCAUAUACGAACACCUACAUAUUAUCAAAUCCAUCUAUAAGGUCUGUGGCCCUUCCCAGGCCUAAUGUUACAUAUUGCACUCAUGGUGGAAAGACUGUGGCCCUUCCCAGGGCUAAUGUUACAUAUUGCACUCAUGGUGGGUAUGAAGCUUCUGUUGGGUUCGGUUUUGAUGCCAUGACCAACGACUAUAAGGUUGUGAGGCUUGUCACUCUUUUGGAUGAACAUCCCCGACAUGCCCCUUGUCAAACUGUAGUUGAGGUUUUUUCACUAGCCACGGGCUCUUGGAGCAUUCUUCCUGAUGUUGCUCCUCGAUUUCAAAUGGAUGCACGCACUCCCCAGGCUUUUGUUAAUGGGGCUCUUCAUUGGCACGCAACGCGGCAGAAAGAAGAUGAUUUACUAUUUCAUUUUGAUAUUUGA